AUGUCUACCACUCUAUUCACACCAAUCAAAGUUGGUACAUCUCUCUUAAAGCAUCGUGUUGCCCUAGCUCCUCUGACCCGCCUUCGUGCUGAUGCCGACCACGUCCCUACCCCAAUGAUGACCGAAUAUUACCAGCAACGUGCUUCUGAAGGUGGCUUAUUAAUUUCAGAAGGUACAUUCAUUGCUGAGGAUGCCGGUGUCUAUCCUUCUGCUCCAGGUAUCUACAAUGACAGACAAAUCGAGGCGUGGAAACAUAUAACCAAGGCUGUGCAUGAUAAGGGAGGAUUUAUAUAUGUCCAGCUAUGGCAUGUUGGUCGUGCAUCUUCGCCUGCUUUUAUUCCCGGUAAUAAGAUUCCAGUGUCUGCAUCUGCAAUUGCGAUAAAUGGCAAAGAUUUAAUUGGACAUGACUACAAAGUACCGCGAGCCCUUGAAACUGAAGAAAUUUCCCAGCUUGUACAGACAUAUGCUAAUGCUGCCAGAAACGCAAUCAGUGCUGGUUUUGAUGGUGUUGAGCUCCAUGGUGCAAACGGCUACCUAAUUGAUCAAUUUCUCAAUACCUCAUCAAAUAUACGCACUGACCAGUAUGGUGGAUCUAUUGAGAACCGCACUCGUUUUGCCUUGGAAGUUAUAGAAGGAGUUUCAAAAGCAAUUGGAGAAGACCGCACUGCAAUUCGCUUAUCGCCUUGGUCUGGGUUCCAGGACAUGAAAGACGAUACACCAUAUGAGACCUGGGGAUAUCUUGUCAGCCAAUUGCAAGAGAAGCAUCCUAAUCUGGCCUACCUUCACUUUAUUGAGCCUCGCGAUGAUAAUAUUACUACCAUGUUUCCAGAAAUUGAUAGAACCGAAAUUAUAGAGAACGAUACAAUUGAGCCAUUCCACAAGGCAUGGAAAGGUCCAUUCAUUUCUGCCGGUGGGUACACCACUACUCCUAAGCGUGCAUUUGAAACUACCGAAAGGCUGGAAAACACCUUGGUUGCUUUUGGCCGUUCAUUCAUUGCAAAUCCUGAUCUUCCUCUUCGCCUAAAAAACGACUCACCUCUCAAUAAGUAUAACCGCGCUACCUUUUAUAGCAGUGGUAAUGCUGGAUACACCGAUUACCCCUUCUAUAACCCUGAUACAGCUAAUGAUAUUAAGAACUGA